ACAGUAAUAGUUUCUAGCGGGUCUCAGUCUUCUCCCACUCCACGUUACUAGGGUUUUGGAAACUCGAAACAAUUUCGGUCUCUCUCUCUCUCUCUCUAUCUCUCUCUCCCUCCCUCCCUGGGGUUUAACCAUGAGCAGGUCCGGUCAGCCUCCAGAUCUCAAGAAAUACAUGGACAAGAAGCUACAGAUCAAGUUGAAUGCAAAUCGAAUGGUUGUUGGGACACUCCGUGGUUUUGAUCAGUUCAUGAAUCUUGUGGUUGACAACACUGAGGAGGUGAAUGGGAAUGAGAGAACUGACAUUGGCAUGGUGGUUAUUAGAGGAAAUAGUGUGGUCACUGUUGAAGCGCUUGAACCAGUAAGCAGAGCACAGUGAUUUCUGAGUGUAUUUUUUUGGUAGACUGUACUUUGUCCUGCUUGUUUAGUAAACUAGAAGCGUGUUUGUGUGACUGAAGAAAGUGCCUUUAAAAGAUAAUUCUCGUGGGUUUCCUUUUAGCCAGAUUGUUGUCCUUUCCAUGUCAUAUAACAAGCAUCAGUUUGUUCAAUCUGGUACCGAGUAGGAACUAUGAAAUCGUUGUCAUGGCGGAACUAAAGCUUGUUAGUGUUGUGUUAAUGCUGGAUUGUUGGGUUGUUUGAUAAUUAAGCCUCGAAUCUUCGGGGAAGUUCAGUCUC